AUGGAUGCUGCCAUGACUCUGAACCACGCUGUGGCCGAGCUGCCUAUCAUUGACCCCAGCAAGCUUGCGAGGGGAGAUGACGCUGAGAUAGAGAGAGUGUUAGAUGCGGGCAAGACACAUGGGUUCUUCUAUUUGGAUUUGACCACCGCAGAAACCCCGCGUCUAGUGGACACUUGGAAUGCGGUGCUGGCGUUUAUGGAAGAGUACUUCGAUCAGCUACAGGAAGUGAAGAUGAAGGAUGACCGGAACAGCGAUAUCCAUGGGUAUGAACCUUGUGGUACCUCUGCCGGGGCCACAGAAGAUCGCACCGACCACUAUGAGAGUCUGAAGAUCUCUUUCCAGGAAUGCCGAACCCGCUCAGAUAACCUGGCGCCCGCAUUGAAGAAGUACUAUGAGUUGUUAGAGCCGUUCAUUUCCGGUGCUCACAGGCUGACGUUGCUUAUUCUGCGUUGCUUUACUAAGGUCCUGGGAGAAAAGCUUCCAGCGACGCUGGAGUCGUUCCACGACCCGUCUCAGCCAACCACAAGCACCUUGUCCAUGUUCCGCUACCCCAGCCAGACCGACGAGGAAGCGGCUAAGGGCGUGGGGCACAACAAACAUACUGACAUUGGGACCCUGGCCUUUCUCCUCUGCCAGCAAUGGGGCCUCCAGAUGCUGUCACCGCUAGAGAACAAAUGGGUGUACGUGGCGCCCAAGCACGGCCACGCCAUUAUCAACGUAGGUGACUCGCUCCGGUUCCUGACACAAAACCGACUGCUGUCCGCUGUCCACCGCGUGCUGCCCUUUGUCAACCGUCAGGUGGCUCACCGGUAUUCAAUUGCAUUUUUCCUGCGUCCAGCCGAUGAUACCAUAUACCGUGACUCCAAGGGACGGAUGAUCACAGCCCGGGUGGCAUGA